AUGCCUAUUGCACAUCUUUCAGCAUCCAGCCCAGGCUGUACUUGUCUGCAAAAUGGAAGUGCAACUGGAGCAGCAAACUGCAAGUGCACAGAAAUUUACAAGGUCAGGAUCGGAGCGACAGAUGUUGCCACAGGGACGGCAGAUUGCCAUCUUGCAGAUGUGCAAUCAUCUUGGCCAUGCAAUCCUCUGAAAUAUGUCUUCCCAUACAACGCUCGAACUCAUCAAGUUGCAAUUAUCAACCAAGGAGAUCGAAAUGUUCAAUUUGUCGGAGCCUGCGGCGCUUCAUCAAGUACUUGCAGCACAAAUUGUGUUUGCAAUAGACCGUCGCUUGUCAAGGGUGCAGAAUUCAUGAACCCUCAAGUUCUUGGCAACAUCACCAUUGCAUCUACUGGCGAUCCUUUGUCUUACCCCACGGAGGGAAGGAGUCAGCUUGUUUUGAGUUUAACAGUAGACAAUGAUGUAUUGGCAUUGUCAAGUUUGCAAAAAAUCGUUGGAAACUUCAUUCGUGUAGACAAUGAAAUCAUGUUUGUGAAGUACCGACCAAAUCAAGGUCGAGGAAUAAUUGCUGUGAAUGUCUUCAAGUCGAUCGGAGGUCGUGCUUGUUCUUGCUCUUUCAAUGGCACGGUUUCUGGGCCGUCAUACUGUUUGUGUUCUGGAGGCCCUGGAGAAAACUGCACUAAUGGUGGAACGCUGGGCGCUGCUGGUUCAGGAAGUGGUUUCUCCGCCACCUUCACUGUUUCAGGUGGCAAGAUAUCUGGGAUCACAGUAACAAAUCCAGGCGUUGACUAUGGCUCCGAUCCCUCCAUUUACAUAGCAUCAGGAGGAGAUGGUUGCGUUAAUUAUAAUCUGUUUCCAGUUACCAGCAACUUUGUCCUCAAAGUGACAAGAGGUUCUCUGUAUACAGUCCCUGCUUCUCAUGCUGCUGAUGCUUCUGUGGGACUCGUCCUUUGGCCGUCUCAAGUUGUCAGAAAUCAGGCUGGGUUUCGAUACAAUUUCCGUAUUGCUGCCUUCAAUGCCGCUGGCUUCAGUGCUUGGAUUUACUUCGAUCUGAAGUUGUUCUCGGUGUCUUCCAGGGUUCUUGCUGCUUCUGGAAAUCAAAGGAUCCAAAUCUCUCUGAUUGGUGGAGGCGUUACAUUGUACAACCCGGGCUAUGAAGUUUGGAUAGGCCAAACUUCGCAAGAUGGAUUGACAGUUGAUUUCCAGAAUUCGAAACAAUGCACAUCUGUGCUGAUUUUAGAUGAUGCAGGAACUAAGCUGAAGUGCACUACACCGAGUGGGGUUGGGAGUGGGCUCGACUUGAUUGUACUCUAUCGUAGCGGUGCCUUCUCACAGAUUGCUGUUGGAUCCCGAUGGAUGCGAUAUCAGCCACCACAGGAAGCAUCACAGUCACCGUGUACGGGACAAACUUCGGACCUUCUGGCAGUGACGUCUCUGGUGUGUUGA